GUAUGGUUUCAAAAUCGCAGAGCCAAAUGGAGGAAAAAGGAGAACACAAAGAAAGGUCCGGGUCGACCUGCUCACAACGCCCACCCCACCACUUGCAGCGGGGAGCCCAUGGACCCAGAGGAGAUCGCCCGGAGAGAGCUGGACAGGAUGGAGAAGAAGAAACGAAAGCAGGAGCGCCGGCUGCUCAAGUCCCAGAACAAGCUCGCUGCUGGGGAUUUAUUUCACACCCCGGGAUCAGACAGCGACAGCGGGGUGUCGCAUGUGACCGACUCUGACCACGCAAGCCUGCAUUACGACUCUGUGGGGGGGAACCAAUCGAGCUGCGACCAAACACCUCAUCCUCUCCAGACCCAAAACCAGAACCAAAGACACUUGGACCGGGACGCUGGCGCACCCGAGCUGGACUCGACCGACGCCAGCCACCGGUCCAGCCUGUGCGCCAACAACAACAGCGCGUCCAGCGUGCAGAAACUCAACCCUUUUAGCGUCGAAAGCCUCCUUUCGGACUCCAGACCGAGACGCAACCCCGCGGCCUUACCCUCCUCACGGCCUUUGAUAGGAAAAGGACACUUUCUGCUCUAUCCCAUCACACAGCCGCUUGGAUUCAUUGUUCCUCAAACUGCUCUGAAGACAACAACAGCAACAACAACUGUGGCGAACUGUGACAGCGACGCACCGGCGGACAGAAACCAGUCCAGUGUCCGCUGCGGCAGCUCGGGGGGAUGUAGGAGCAGCUCGCCGGAGUGUGCAGACGCCACGCAAAAGGGACAGGUGGGAUCCGAGGACAAGACACGUUCACCGCACACCAGCCCGUCCAGGGUCGCCUUUGGCAAAAGUACUCACACCUCUGUUAUUUGCAGCGAUUCCACUUUCGCCCACGAACACAGUCCACAACUCAUUAAGCCUGUCGAUGCAGACAGAAAAGAGCAUUUAGAGAUCAAGGACCACCCUGACAAGUCCGAGUGUGUCCUCAGUGACAGUUCGCCAGAAACAAAGACAGACUCUAAAGAAGAUGUCGACAUGGAAUAA